AUGCAGCAGCAGCAGCAGCAGCAGCAGCAAGUGCACGAGCACCAGCAGCAGCAGCAGCAAGUGCACGAGCAGCAGCAGCAGCAAGUGCACGAGCAGCAGCAGCAGCAGCAGCAAGUGCAGCAGCAGCAGCAACAAGUGCAGCAGCAGCAGCAGCAGCAGCAGCAGCAGGAUACCGAAGAGAAGGAGGGAGAAGUGAGGACGAUCUUUUGCAGCUCCUUUACGGUGAAGCAGCCUCCCUCCUUCGCUAGAUAUAAAGCCUAA